AUGUAAGGUAUAUUUAAACGAAUAUUUCGAAAAGCAAAUAAACUAGUUGAUAAUAAUAAAUAUAAAGAAGCAUUAUAAUUUUAUGAUUUAGCUAUUUGGAGUAAUCCCAAAAAUUCACUAUAUUAUUUUAACAAAGCUUCUGCUUUAAGGAGAUUAUAAUAGUUUGAGCAAGCAAUUAAAUAUUACGAGUUAGCAAUUGAGAUAAAUCCUGAAAUUCUAGAAUAUUAUAAUGAGAAAACUUAAACUUUACUGUUUAUGGAUAGAUUUAGAGAUGCAAUAAAACAUUGCGAUUUAUGUAUCUCUAAGGAUCCGUAAAAUUCAGGACAUUAUUUAACCAAAGGUAUAUUAGGUUAUUCAUCUUUAUUAGCCCUUGCUUUAGUUGAGAUGAGAAGACUCGAGGAAGCACUAUAAUCAUAGGAUUUAGCUAUUUAGAUAAAUUCUGAAAUACCAGAUUAUUACAAUUACAAAGGUAUGGCUGAACAAUCAUCCUUUUUAGCAAUUACUUUAACGCAUAUGAAUAGACUAGGAGAAGCAUUAAAAUAUUGUGAUUAGGCUAUUUAGAAAAACCCGAAAGAAUCAUUCUACUUUUAUAUAAAAGCUGAUGUUUUAUAUAAAAUGAAGAGAUUUGAGGAAGCAUCAUAGUAUUUUGACUAGGCUAUUGAAAAAAAUCCUGAUAACCCAGAAUAUUAUAAUAGCAAAGCAAUUACGUUAGCUGAAAUGGAUAGAUUGGAAGAGGCAUUGAAAUUUUUUGAUUUAGCUAUAUUUAAAAAUUCUGAAGAACCACUUUUUUUUAACAACAAGGCUGAAAUAUUAAAAAAGAUGGGUAGAUUUGAAGAAUCCUUAAAAUAUUAUGAUUUAGCAAUUUAAAGAAACCCUGAAAAUUCGCAAUAUAUUUAUCACAAAGCUGAUGCUUUAUAAAAAAUGAAUAGAUUUGAAGAAGCAUUGGAAUAUAGCGAUUUUGCUAUUUAGAGAAACCCUGAAAUGGCAGAAUAUUAUCAUAUCAAAGCAAUUAUAUUAAUGCAAUUGGAUAGAGUAGAAGAGGCAAAUAACUUUUGUGAUUUAGCUCUAUAGAAAAAUCCUGAAGAAUCACUUUAUUUUAGUAACAAAGGUUUAUUAACCAUAUAUACUUCUUUAGCUGUAGCAUUAUAAAAAAUGAAUAGAAAUGAAGAAGCUUUAUAAUAUUGUGAUUUAGCUAUUUAGAUAAACCCUUAAAUUUCAUACAACUAUUUUUAAAAAGCAUCAACUUUAAAUUAAAUGAAUAGAUAAGAAGAAGCUUUAUUAUAUUGGGAUAUGGCUAUUUAGAGAAAUCCUGAAAUUUUUGAAUGUUAUAAUAAUAAAGGUAUCUUUUUUAAUUUCAUCUUUUUUGUAGCAAUUUCUUUAGUUUAAAUGAAUCAAUUUGAAUAAGCAUUAAAAUCGUUAGACUAAGCUAUUUAUUAUAACCCAUAAAAUUCAUUAAUAUAUUCUAACAAAUGUGAGGCAUUAAAUAAAAUGAAUAGGUAUGAAGAGGCAUUAUAAUAUUGUGAUCUUGCUAUUGUAAAAGACUCUAAUAAUUCGAACAAUUAUUACAUCAAAUCUGAAACUUUACAAAAAAUGAAUAGAUUUGAAGAAGCAUUAUACUAUUGUGAUUUAGCUAUUUAGAGAAAUCCUGAAAUGGCCAUAUAAUAUACUAACAAAGCAUCAACUUUAUUAUAAAUGAAUAGAUUAUAAGAAGCAUUAGAUUGCUGUGAUAUGGCUAUUUAGAAAAACUCUGAAUUGCCAGAGGUUUAUAAUUUCAAAGCAGUAAUUUUAAUAUAAAUGGAAAGAUUUUAAGAGGCAAUAUCAAAUAUUGAUUUAGCUAUUUAGAUAGACCCUGAAGAGUAUAGAGAAAAUUCAUCCUUUCUAGCAAUGGCUUUAUAGGAAAUGAAUAUAUACAAAGAAGCAUUGAUAUAUUUUGAUUUGGCUAUUUAAAAAAACCCUGAAAAUCCAGAAUAUCAUUUUGGAAAAGGAUUAACUCUAGAUAAGAUGAAUAGAUAGUAAGAAGCAUUAGAAUAUUAUGAUUCUGCUAUCUAGAAAAGCCCUGAAAAAUCAGAAUAUCAUUUUUGUAAAGCACUAACUCUGGAAAAUAUGAAUAGAUAUGAAGAAGCAUUAGAAUAUCAUGAUUUGGCUAUUUAGAAAAACCCUGAAAAAUCAGAACAUUAUUUUGGUAAAGGCAGAACUCUAGAAAAAAUGGAUAGAUAUGAAGAAGCGAUAGAAUAGUUUGAUUCAGCUAUUUAGAAAAGCCCAGAAAUUUCCGAAAAUUUUUAUUUUAAAGCACGUACUCUAUUAAAACUGAAUAGAUAUGAAGAAGCAUUAGAAAAUUAUGAUUCAGCUAUUUUGAAAAACCCUGAAAAAUCCGAAUAUUUUAUCUUAAAAGCACUAGCUUUAAAAAAAAUGGAUAGAUAUGAAGAAGCAUUAGAAUAUUACGAUUAAGCGAUUUAGAAAGACCCUGAAAAUUCAGAAUAUUAGGUUAGCAAAGCAUAAACAUUAGAAGAUAUGUAUAAAUAAGUAGAAGCUUUGGAAUACUAUUAUGAUUUAAAAAGAGAAAUAUAGCUUUUACAAAAAUAGAAUUGAACCAUUCCUAUAUAUUUUGGAUUUAUUAUUAUAAUUUUUUAA